AUGGAAUCCAGAGGAAAAAGAUUAGUGUCUAUGAUAAAUAAACCUAAAAUACGUAAAGAUGACUUGGAUGAAGAGCCUGGCCCUUUGCAUCAAAGGUUUUGUAGCCCGUCUUCGAACUGUACUUCGGCUUUGAGCGACUCUAGGGAGAGAAUAGUGGCGGAAAUGGAGCGCAUGUUUGACAGCGAUGACUCUGAUAAAGAUCCCACUUAUAACCCGGAUCCAAGCUUUUUAAUACAACCAGAGGAUUUAUUUGGAGAACAAUGGGCGAAUAACAAGGUUGAGAACUUAGAAAAUGUUAUGCAAUUCUAUGGAGACGAUCAUGACGAAGAAUUUCAACCUAACGACGGCGACGUUAUGAUCGCACAGGUGUUGCCAACAUCUGAUGCACAACAAGUCGUAAUAUCUCUUUGGGGACUCUUAUUGAAAGGAGUAUUCGAUGCUACUCGGAAAAGGAAACGUUGGAUGAAACCAGAACCUGAAAAUUGGAAAGUAAAUAUCGCGAAGAAAAGACGAUCUGAAGAAGAAAGAAAUAAUUUACGUCGUCACUACUGGAGUUUGAGGUAUACCGAGCAAAAGAAUUUCAUUCUCGGUAAUGUGGAAGUAGAUACUCCGAAGAGAAUUCUUGCUAUUCGUGGACCAAAGAAACAGCGUCAAUUCACAAAAAGAUGUUUCUUUUUUCACAACGGAGAGAAGAAGCAGGUAUGUCAGAAGUUUUUUUGUUACACGCUAGCUAUUUCUCCGACUGUUGUGAAUGAUGCUAUUCGAAAGCGGAAUGAUAUGGGGCUAUACAAGGAUAGUGACAAGAGAGGUAAACAUGAACCCCCUAAUAAGACUAAUGAAGCUGAUGUAAACUUUGUGAAAAAACACAUAGAGUCCUUCCCUGUCAUGGAACCACACUACAUAAGGCAAACUUCUAAGCGUCGUUAUCUGGAUGCUUCGUUAUCCAUCACAAAAAUGCAUCAACUUUAUAAAGACAAGUGCACUGAAAAUAAUAUGAUUCCGGAUCAAUGUUUAAUAUGCUCCAAUUUCAACAAAGCUAGUGACGAUGAAAAACUAGUGUUGAAAGAGGAAUACAAGGAUCAUUUAGCAAGGAAAGCGUCCUGUUACUCGGAAAAAGCGAAGGACAAAGAAAGAGCAGAGAAAGAUAAAGAGUUUCGCUGUGUAACAAUCGACUUACAAGCUGUGUUACAGAUACCUUCUGGACUGGAAGAGAGCUCCAAAAUUUAUUUUAAUUAUGACAUGUCUGAAACGUUCUUAUACAUCGAUGUCGAUGUCUUAUACGUCGAUGCAAAAAAUACGGAACCUUCUCAACAUCUCAGUACUAGAGCUAAAAAACGCAAAGAAACCACUACGCCUCAGACUAUUGUCUUAAAACAACUUUACUUGAACCCUUUACCCAUAAGUGAAGCUAAAAAGAGAGAUCUUCUUAGUUUAUGUACUAAAAAAAUAAUUCCUGAGGAAUACCAUGGUUGGUACUCUUCUCUACCAACUGCAACCAAUCAAGCAGAUCGUUUACCUGAACCUUCGAUUGACGAAGAGUCAUCAGAAGAUUAA